GUCUCGUCUCCCAGCCCACAACCAUCCCUUCCCAACAACGCCAACACCAACCGCCAAGAUGCAGUUCUCCGUCGUCCUCGUCUCCCUCUUCGCCCUGGCCGUCUCCGCCGCCCCCGCCGAGAUCCAGAAGCGCUCCACCACCUGCGGCAGCACCACCUACUCCACCGCCCAGGUCAACGCCGCCUCCAGCGCCGCCUGCACCCACGUCAAGGCCGGCACCGUCGCCGGCAGCUCCACCUACCCCCACCGCUACAACAACUACGAGGGCUUCGACUUUGACGUCACCGGCCCGUGGUACGAGUUCCCCAUCAAGACCAGCGGCGUCUACACCGGAGGCUCCCCCGGUGCCGACCGUGUCGUCAUCAACGCUUCUUGCGGCCAGGCUGGCCAGAUCACCCACACUGGCGCCAGCGGCAACAACUUCGUUGGAUGCUCCGGUACCUCCUAAAUGCUGGGUUAGAGGACUUUGUUGGGAUUGGAAGGGAUGUGGUUAUGAAAAGGUCGGAGGGCCUGUUUAUGGGUUAUGAAAAUUCACUUCUGCACAUACUAAGCCUUUUGAACAUACAUAACUGUCAAAAUUCUACGCUUUGAUGUC